GGCUAGUUUGCUUACUCCGCCAUUUUCCGACAAUACCAGAUCACCUCACUCUACCGCUCCUGUGCUCGCUUUCGUUCUGCCUCUCAGCCAGCUUCACGGACCUCUCAAAUCAAGUCAAGCCAACUCAACCCAUCGACCCAAUUUCUUGCUGCUCCAAGCUGCGUGAAUCUCCUCGCUUGUGUGUUCGCAAAUAGUCCCAUAUCGGCGCGUUUCUGAGAGACACGUACUCUGCUUGAUUCUUACCGAGACGCCAAGAGCGGCCGCCAUGUUUAAGCUCGUGUCGAAGCAAUCGCCGAAGAAGUACAUUGAGCAGGCGCGAACGCUGCGCGUGGAUUCGACAGUAGCGUCCAGCAUCAGCGAUGCCAUGCUUGAAUCGGGAGACUCUUUUUCCAUCGUGGCAGCACGUGGCAUCAGCACCGUGUAUGCCGGGGAUCUUUCCGGCGAGGGGCUUCUGGGCUCGCAGGGUGCUGCGUUUCUGACCCUGGAGUACAAGAGCACGUCGCACACGGCGUAUGUUAAGAAUGGCGCUACUGGCGAGUUAAUUAUGAUGCUUGUGCGGGAGGCGCGGGAUAACUCGUGGCACGAAGAGGGAAAGUCGUACGCGCGCUUCGGCAAUGCCACGGAGGCGCGUCUGUGGUCCAACGGGCGGCCUGUGGGAGUCAACUAUUCUGAGUCGCUUAUGGAUGUGGCACCUCGGUCGUUCAGCCAGGAGAAGGCGCAGAUGGGGGCGUCCAUGAUCGAGGUGAUAAAGGAGAAAGUGGGCAACUCGAUCCGCCUGUUCAAGCAGAAGGGCGACGGGUCGCGAGCAUGGAGAUUGCUGCUUACACCAAGGUGAAGAAUGGCCCUGCUGUGUUCCGCCUGGUGUCUAAGGACGUGCUGGAUCCGGUUGUAGCUGUUGCCAUGUCUUGGUUUACCGCGAUCGACAACAAAUAGUACCCGUACUUAGUGCUGCAAGGAAUAAUGAUAGCGUUGCCCAUUCCGUAGUGUGUUCAGUUCACUCUUCCCUUACAAUUUCCUCGCUGCUUAUGCUCAUGUUGCUGAUAAACGUGAUGGAAACGGUAAGAAUGAAAAAACGGGACACAA